AUUCUGCCAGUGUUAUCUGCACAGUGCUGUCACAGCAGGCUGUCCAAGGUCAAGGAAAGGAAAAUUGUCACCUUCUGAUGGAUGAUGGUGAAACCCAGCAACACUACCUUUUUUGGAAAUUAACCAUCACUUGCAGCUAAUGAGACUGUAACCAUUUUGCAAUUAUAAAUUCUCCAAGACCAGAACAUAGUAUACCACAGAAAGGUCAAUGAAAAGUCAGUGGAAAAAGAGUGUAUAAUCAUAUUUUCUAUGACACCAGUACAACUGAAGUCAAAUUCUGUACAACGGAGACCUGUUAGAGCUGACAUUUGUGGAACUGCUUAGUCAGAUGUUUGCAUGGAGUGUUGUUCUUCCACAGAUGGAGGAUGCUACCAUUGCAGAACACACGGGUAAUUAUCCCAGAGACCUUCUCCUGACAUUUCAGCUCUCCUAGGCCUGAGGUGUAAAGAAAGAAAGUAUUCACAGGACUUGAUGUGUGCUCAAGAUUCCUUGGAGAUUUCCUUGCCUAAUUCCUCAUUCGGCCUUUCAUGAGUUUGAACAACGUAUCCUGUAUGGAGUGUUGCUGAGGCAGGAUUUGGAACGAUUUCUGCAGGGAAGAACCUCACCUCAUCCCCUCCUGUACAAGCAUUAAGUCAAGGACGAGAACUGCAGUACGAGGGAGGACGGGCAGGAAUGUAUGCAUUUUCAUGUUCUGGUUCUGUUUCUGGUUUGUUUUUCUAGGAGGACGUCUAUCUCUGGAAACUGGAAGGCAAACACUGGUUCUGCAAUGCUGGAACAGAUUGCAAUGACAGAGAGGUACAGACUGUGGGUGGAUGCCUGUGCGGAAAUGUUUGGAGGUCUUGAUAUUUGUGCUGUCAAAGCUGUCCACAGCAAAGACGGAAAAGAUUAUAUCAUUGAGGUAAUGGACAGCUCGAUGCCCCUGAUUGGGGAGCAUGUGGAAGAGGACAGACAGCUGAUAGCCGAUCUGGUUGUUUCCAAAAUGACUCAGCUUGUCAGCACUGCUGGAUCUACCCCGUCACCACUGAGACCUUGGCCUCCGCAACUUCAGCCUCAGACAAUGAAAAUUCAGCCUGGACCUCAGCUUGCACAACUGUCUCAGCCACGGCCUCCUCCCCAAGGUGGACCACGCCAGCCUCAGGCAUCUCAGCCUCCACGGACAAAUGCACCUCCACAGCAAAGGCUCUCUCCUCAAGGACAGCAGCCUCAGAGUCCCAUGUCCACUUCACCUCAGCAGCAAAGGUCACCUGGAUCUCCACAACAAAUCCGAUCAGCAACUGGAUCCUCUCCAGUCCAGGCUUCCAAGGCAGGCAUGUUCCCACCACAGCAGCCCAGACCUCCUGCUCAAGGUCGGGCUCCGAGCCAGCCGAGCCCCACCGAAACAUCCAAGCAGCAAGCCACCCCACACCCACAUCUGAACAAAUCGCAGUCCCUGACAAACACCUUCAGCAUAUCUGAAUCAUCUCAGAGAGGAAAUGCCAAUGAAGAUGAAGCAAAAGCUGAGACCAUCCGCAACCUGAGGAAAUCAUUUGCUAGCCUGUUUUCCGAUUAACAGCCCUGCAGCUGGAUCUGUGCUUCGGCCAGCCCUCAGUCUUCGUAUAGCAAAUAUUAUAUUGGAAUAUACUCAGUGGUACCCAGCAAUUUACACUCAAUACCUGGGUAAAAGGAAUUGAGAAAACUACAGUUGUUUUAAUACGAAGAAGAUAUUCUGAUAACGGCCUGAAAGGUGACUGUAUAAAAGUGGCAUCAUUUCAUUGUUUUUUGUGCAUAAUCAGAUUUACAUUUGUUCAAGUGACUCAGUUGUAAAUCAAAUUUUACUCCAGCUAAUCCUUGUGGAGACUACAGUUAUGACAGUGAAAACUAGAUUUUAUUUUGGUUUGUAUAUAGUCCAUACAAUCACUAACUUCCAAUUACAGAAUCCUUGUUGAGGCUGAGCUAAAAAGAAUAUAGGAUUAUUUCAGAAACAGAUGUGCAAAAAACAAGUAUUCAGACUGAUAAAGCCUGAGUAUGGGAAUACAUUGAACUAUGGAACUUCACGAUACCAACUUCACUUAAAGUCAUUUUUCAGAGUAAGCUACAUUCAAAUAAGAUACAAUGCCACGCAUCAGUAACUGCCAAAGAUCACAUGAGCAGGUUAUCCAGAUGGACUGCUAGUUUGUUCCAGAAUACUCUGCUCAUAGCAGUUAAAAUGUCCAUUUCAUGCCUUGCAUUUAUGUCCCCAGCAUGUGAAUCCCAAGUCUUUAGAGAAAAAUGUUACGUUCAAAUCCAAAAUAACCUGAGAAAUGGGCUUUCCAAACACACACACACAGAAAACAACUUCUUCCCUUGCCCCAGGAAACACUGUAGAGUUCAAAUCCACAAUCCACACAAAUCCAAGCACUUUGGUGGCUUAAUCACAUCUGGCUAUGUAUGUCUCCUGGGAACAUAUUUAAUUAAUAGCAGAGCUGAUGAAGUGCACAUACUUGGGUGCUGAGUGUUCCAUAAUACAGAUUGGACAGAGAAAUGGAGUGAAAUCCUGUCUCACUCCUUGAACUCCCACUGACUGGGUCAGCAAAAUGAACCAAGUUGACAGACCUGUGACUGAACAGGAAUACUGCCAUCUAGAAAUGAGAUGAGCUGGGGUCCAUCCAGAGACACCAAGCAAUGGGAAGGCAUGUAUGUGACUUCCCCAAGCAGGUGAGGACCUUCUGGAGAAGACAGAGAUGGAUCUUUGCUGGCUGUGCUUUUCUUAAGCCUGUAAUAUGGAAUGAAGCUGUAUACAAACACACAUGCUGCAACUAGGACACAGCAAAAACAGGAAUGACACAAACCACGUUCAUAACUGAAAAAAAAAUUGCAGAAAUCAAUCUAACUAUGGCUACUUCUACCAGCUGAGAGUCCACCCAGUGCAUUAUGCAAAUUCUAUUUAUAAUACACCUGAUGAAAGCACCAGUCCCCAUCCCAUUACCUGACAUAUGUGAGGCAGGGCUCCAGGAAGAAGCAGGCAAGCCUCUUCCAUUCUUCUGUCAAGUAUUUGAGCCACAACUCAUACACACAGCUUCAAGGCCAGGCUUUUGACUUUAUGUUUCCCUUUGCAACUUUACAUCAGUUACACUUAGGAAUACCAAUGGAGGAAAGGAGGUCAGUAAGUUAGUUAUAAACAUCUGAGCCAGAGGCACAGAUCUUAGCUGUCACUUAAAGAGGUCCCCAAAUCGGAAAAAACAACAGCAGUAUUUGCCAUCUUGGAUCUCAUGAUUCACUGGUGGGAAUGAAGCCAAACAAGCAAUUCCUUCAGCACCUGUAAUGAACAUCUAGAUCCGAUGCAGUCAUCCGGACCUAAUAUGACCAAUCCGAACAUACCUUUACAAAUAUAAUUGCUUUUGUGACCUGUGCACUUUCAGGCAAGUAACUGCAUGGCUUUUCCAGCUUGGAAGGCUCUCAAGAGACUCAUCUGGAUCAAUGAUUUAUGUCUCAAGUUCAGAACUAAAGAACCACUCAAGUCCCUUAUGAUUUAUCCUUUUUUUUUCAGCUCUGUUUUGUCCUUCCAGGUUUGCUAAGCAGCUUACAAUGUAGCAUCAUAAACACAUGUCAUUGUCUGAGAAAGAAAACAGACCCUGCUGUUUUGCAAUCUCCAGGAGCAAUAAAAGAGUGACAAAUGACUUCAAGCACUGUUCCACUGGCAAGAACAAUAGCAGAUUAACAAGCUCCACUAUAUGGACAAGAGGUAAUACAACUCUGGUGGAAGAGGAUUUCCUUCGAUAACAUUUCCCUCAGCAUGGCUUAUGCCUUGCCCUACUAAGCAGUCACCAGAAAUGCAAAGACAAAUACAGCAGUUUACUGCCAGAAUCCUCAAUUGUUCCCUCCUACAGAUCUUUGUAUAUCUCUCUUACCAAUACAUCCUACACACACACACACACACCAAAAAGGAAAAAAAAAAGGUAACUACAAACUGGUGAGGCGUGGCCCCUUCAAUUGAUUCCAGUUAAUCACAACAGUUGGAUUAUUUGCUGAUGCUGCACUUGAAACGCAGCAGGACUGUCCUCCAACUGACUACUGCAACAGGACAGCACUGCUGACCUGAUAGCCAGCAACAACUCACAUCUCUUCAUCUGCCUUCAGCUCCCAGCUGGCACCUUUCAAGGGACAAGCAAACAGAACAGGCUCUCCCCUUGAUCCAGCCUCCAAAAAUGCAUAACAGCAACAGGCACUAUCAGCUUAUCUUUCCUAUUCCUAUAGUUGCUGAAAAGCAUUUUCUGUUCCGUUCACAAAAGUGCUUUAAAGAACACAGUGAGCUGACAUCCUGAAUUAGAGAUAAAACUCUGUACCAUAUCCUAUAAGUGUUCCAACAGUACAAUUAUGACACUCUCAUACUGGAUGUUGUGGCUAGCAGCAGAUUCACCACCUUUGAUGCCGGGCUCCUAUUCCAAAAUCCCUACAAUCUAACAAAGCAAUAGACAGAGGUAAUAAAAGGGGUAUAUUCUUUCUAUGAAUGGUGAACUAAGGUAUAUCUAAGCAUUAUUUAGGUACCUAAAUGUAGCAGCUAGAGUUAAAGGAAGUUAAGAAGGCAACAGAAAAGUUGGUAAAUGGAAGUUACAUAUAAAUCACAGUGUAGACAUGGCCCACAGCAUGCCUUGGGGUCUUACUGCUGUGAAAACUGAACACCUGGUCAGAGCAUGCUUUCAUUUUCUUCACAUGGAAACCAGGAAACAUGAAUAGAUGCGUGUGUUUGGAAUCAGCCCAAGAUGGAGCUGGGACACAACUAAGACACCCACCCAUACUCACCACCUGGAAAAUGAAUUUACAUUCUGCUGUUUAGACACAGACUGAAAAAACAUCAUGUCUUUCUUGUAAUAUCUAGGUGUGGUAUUUCAAGAGGAAUGUAACUCAUGUUCUCAUGCAAUUAAACAUCUUGUAUAAAGCUAAGGCUCAGAAUAACAGUUCUGCUCCAAUGACUGCAGCUGUACUUUCUUUUCUUUCACUUAUCACAGAUGGGUAUGUAAAGCUUACACCCUGCAUAUGACUAGGUUAUUUAAUAUGGUCCUCUUAAGUUCCAUGAAUAAGGUAAAGCAAAUUAAAAAAAGAAAGGAGUAACAGUUCCCAAUUUCCAAGCGACUGCAGUGCAUGCAAUGAACG